UACGGUGAGGUGGACGAUGCAACAAAGACGCAUUGGUGGAACUCAUUCACGGGUCUUUACGAAUGGGCUCCUGAGUUAGAUGGCCAAGUGAGAAAAGCAUACCAGAUGAAAGCUAGAACUCGUUUGAGAGACUUGCGGUAUUGGGUGCUCAACAAAGCUAAAGAAAGGCCAAAAUGGUUGGGGAAAACCAUUUAUGAAACAAUGAAAAAGAAAAGCCAGGAGCCCGCAUUCCUCGAGAAAUCUGAGAAGGCAAAGAAGAACCGAAGAGGUGGUUCCCUCUCUAAUCCAGUUGAGCCGUCGCACUUUCAGGGUUCCAUCUCGGCGGCACAACAUGCUAAAAAGAUGGCAAAGAGUAGAGGAGGAGUACUCCCUAACACCCCCGAGUUGUUCCUGAAGACUCAUUUCAAAACUGUUGCUGGAAAAGGAGAGAUUGCAGCAAACAAGAGAGCAAAACAAAUUUCGGAAACGUACAACAAGAAGCUGGAUGAUUGUAGCACUCAAGGGUCACAACCAAACCCUGAUUUGUUGUAUUGGGAGACAGUUGGUGGGAGGAAUAGAGGAAAAGUGCAGGGGUUAGGUCAGGGAGAUCAUUUGUACUACAACUCUUCAUCUGGGCGAGGAGGAGUUGGCUCUUCACAACCAUAUGAGCCAUCGAUUUUUUCUCAGCUAGAGGCGCAGGUGGAGGCCAAGGUCGCUGCACGGAUGGUAGAAGUGGAGGCAAAGGUUGCAGCACGUCUGGAAGAGUCAAACCGGGCCCUCGUGCAGGAAAUGAUGCGGAACAUGACUAAUUUUGGUCACUUGUUCUCAGGUUGCAACACAGGACCCUCUCCACAACGCAGACCAGAGGAUGACCCGGGGUUUGGUGGUGGCGGCACUAAUGCUACACAGACACCAGCCACAGUGUAGUUUGUUUGGUUUUGACAACUAGCUAGAUUACUAACUUAGAGUUUGUUCAUAAUUAGUCUAAUUUUAUAUAUGCACUUAGUGUCUAUAUUUAUCGGCAUAUGUCUAGUUUUGUUUUUAGGUGUCUCGGUAUAUUUUUUUGGAACUCCACUUUUACUCGAUUUCCUGACACCGGGAUUUAUUUUGCGUAUUAAGGUAGUUUGUUUAAUUAUAGACAUUUAGUGUCUAAUUUUCCCGACAUUGGGAUGUAUUUUGUGUACAUAAAUCUAAUCUAUUUCAUUUUUAAUUUGCAUA